UCCAAAUAUUUCUUUCAGCCGCAAUAAAAAUAAAAUUCUGCGUAACGAAGAAGUUUUUAGAGAGGAAUUUUCCAAGAAAACCUCAUAAACUGUGUAAAUAUUUGUGAAGAGACACUGAAAGUAGGCAGUAGGAAGUUUUGUUUGUGAUGGGAAAGAAGAGGAAACAGUGGCAAAAGGACAUUCAGUCGAAAAAACCACCUGGACAGAAGGAAGUGCGUCUGAGGAAACGUGAAUUGAAUGGGAAGAAAUUCACCUCCCCGAGGAAAUUAUUAAAGAGUUCUCACAAUUCUGAGAGAUUCCGGGGGAAAAAGGUACCCAAUUUGUGCUAAAUUACCAGUAAAAGAAGUUCUUUUCCAUAAUUUUAACGUUUUUUAACCUAAAAAGUGAGUGUCAGGAAAAAUUCAGGGACUGAUUCUUGAUAUCUCGGAUAAAAGAAAUAGAACUUGGAUAAAAUUGUAUUAAAGAUUUUAGAAAUCUUGGAAAAUUUUAAACUAAUCCGUUUGAUCGGUUUUUAAGUGCUUAAAUUGAGGAAUUAAAGUCCUUUUAAAAAAAAAUUAAAGACAAAAUGGCGUGUGCCUAUCCAGGCUGUAUAUCAUCAGUUUCAACUUGUCCUGCAUUAUCCUUUUUCACUGUUCCACAAGAUUCAAAGAGAAUAAUUUGGAAGAAGCACCUGGGUGCGUACGUUCUGGGAAAACGGUCAAAAGUGUGUGAAAAACAUUUUUAUGAAAAUCAAAUCAAGGAGUACGGCCUGAGGAAAAACCUCGCGAAAAACGUCUUUCCCAUCAGUUCCGUUAACUGUGGUUGUGAUCAGUAUGCGCUCUCACAAAGUUGUGCCAGGUUGCUCGAAAAGAUUUCUGCGCUUUACAAAGAUUCCACAAAGGAAAAUGUUAGGCGAAAGGAGCAAAAUCUGCAGGAAAGGCAGCAAGAGACAAAAUUACAGAGAAUGACUCUAACUGGAGACUACAUCCCUCUCGGUGGGUCACCAAUUGUUAUUCCAAAUACACCAUCACCAGCAGCAGGUUCCUCUAGGGACACACAAGUGCGUGUAUUGGGGGGAAAACGUUCACGUGAAAUUAAGUCAGAACAAGAGAAUGACGAUGAGGUGAACGAAAGGCACAGAGCAAAAGUACAGAGAUACGGCAAAGAGAUUCCUCACACUGUUGUCUCUGCUGAUGCUCCAAUAAGAGUGAGUGAGUCACCAAAGAAGUCUGCAAAUGACGAAGAAGUUGGUGAAUGUGAUUCAACCACCCAAAAUGAUGGGGAAAAGGAAAUUUUCAUGGAUAUCCUGAAGAAAGAGGAAGUUGAUCCACUAGAUUGUAGUGAUGUUAUAGAAGUGGCUAGUUAUCAAAAUAUAACACCACGAAGGGUUGCAAAUGUACCCAAUGAUCCAAUUGAAGUAAUCCCCCUGUUGGAUGAGACGACUGAAAGUGAGGCCAAUCGUGUCAUUGAAAUUCCCGAUGGGCAGGAUGAUUCGGUGAUUUUUGUCAAGGAACACAAAGGUCCUGGACCACCGAGAACAAUAAAACUCACCCCAAUACCGAAGCAACACAUAAAACAACUUAAAUUGCUGAAAAAGAAAAAGAGUCUCGAAGCUCAGAAGAAAUCUCCCGCCGCAACGCCUUCCACAUCUGCCGAAACACCGGUGCAGGCAGCGGAGGUGACUCUGGAAAAUCCCUGCCCAAUAAUUUCCAUUGAGGAUACUCCAAAGUCAUCCAAGACGCACGAGAAGACCCCCAAGAAAACUCCAGGAAAGAUAAGAGUUGCAAAGCAGAGUCCCUGUGUCAAGUCUGGGGAGAAGAAACCCAGAUUUAUCGUUCUCGAUGGAAGCAAUAUCGCUUUUCAUCAUUCAAUAAUGAAGAAGGUUUUCUCCGUGGAAGGUCUCAAGAUUGCCAUUGAUUACUUCGAGAACAAAGGGCAUGAAUGUGUGGCUGUUGUUCCAAUGUUCCGUUCCAAAGCACGCUACUCAACAAAUCCUAAUCUACUGAAGGACCUCAAUCUCCGCGGGAAGGUUAUCUUUAGUCCCUCAAAGAACAUCAAUGGAUUCUCAUUGUCCAGCUACGAUGAUCUGCUGAUAAUGCAAGUUGCUGAGGCAAAUGAUGGUGUCAUCGUAUCCAAUGAUAACUUUGCAGACCUCCUAGGUCAGAAUAUUGCAUGGGAUACCAUCAUAGGGACGAGAGUUGUAGGCUUUACGUGGUUUAAGGAUCAAUUCUUUAUCCCACUUGAUCCCUAUGGACGUGACGGUCCAAAGAUCAAUGAUAUCCUGUAUUGUUGAUUUCUCUCCAUGAGGAUCAUUUCAUUGUAAGAGUCUUUCAGGGAAAUCUUGUAAAAAAUUCAUUGAAAAAAAAGGAACUGAAUAAAAAAUUUUGGAUAAAAA